UUCUGGUAUUCAUUUAGCUAGCAGAGUGUGCAACGUUAGACAACGUUGAAUCCGACACUGUUGAUGAUUUAAACGUCGGUUUCUGCUUAUUUAGGCGAACACGAGAGGGAAUAAGCAGUAAGCAUGUAUGACCAAGAUGAAGGUAUUUCAGCUAUUGGUGUCUACUGUGGUUUUUUACAUAAUAUAGCUCGCUAGCUUGCUCCUCGCUAGCUAGCUAAGUUAGCAUAUAGGCUAUAUGGCGCCAGAAGCAUCAACAAGAAGACAUAGUUAGCAAGCCUGCUAGCGCUAUGUAGGUUGACUAGUUUGUUACAUACCAAAGAUGGUUUCACCAGACUAAACACCCAACGUUAGCUAGCCAUAGCACACUUUCAACUAGGCCUAUCUAAAUGAGCAUCACAUCAUGCCAUUAUGUUGCAAAAACAAAGCUGUCUUUGAGAUCUGCAGAGCUACAAUACCCUUAUUUGUUUGUAUCAGUUGUUCUUCUGUAGAAAACUCCAUGAACUAGAUCCGGGGCCUAGGCUAACAUUAAAUCACUGCGUCUGCAUUGACUUUGUUGAUGUAUUUUCUGUGAUCUCUUGCAGAUAUCCAAUACGACGAGGAUGAGGAUGAAAUCACCCCCGAUUUAUGGCAGGAAGCUUGCUGGAUUGUUAUCAGGUAAAAUUAUGCUCUCCCUACCUAUCUUUCCUCUUUUGAUCAUCAUGUAGCAUACACUAUGCAGCUUGCUUAUGUUCAAAUAACACUAUUCUCGCUGAUGCACCCUACAGUUCCUACUUUGAUGAGAAGGGUCUGGUACGACAGCAGCUGGACUCCUUUGACGAGUUCAUCCAGAUGUCCGUGCAGAGGAUUGUGGAGGAUGCUCCGCCCAUUGACCUGCAGGCUGAGGCCCAGCACACCUCUGGAGAGGUGGAGGACCCGGUGAGUGACAGACAGGCACUUUCAGAAAUGCUGCUCCAUGUAGGGCCUCUCUCUAAAGGCGCUCACUCAUGGCCUGUAACUAAUGAGCCCUUUCCUUUGCCCUACAGCCACGCUACCUGCUAAAGUUUGAACAGAUCUACCUUUCCAAACCCACUCACUGGGAAAGAGAUGGAGCACCCUCCCCUAUGAUGCCCAACGAAGCCAGACUCCGGAACCUCACGUAAGUUGGCCCAUUUGGAGUCAUAAUUUUAUCACAAUAUAUCUCCCGCGCACCUCAUAUGCAACCUUCAGUGCUGCCAGUGCCAACCAGGCUCACAUCUGUAUUGUACAGGUACUCUGCUCCGCUGUAUGUGGACAUCACCAAGACCAUCAUCAAGGAGGGUGAGGACCAGCUGCAGACCCAGCACCAGAAGACCUUCAUCGGCAAGAUCCCUAUCAUGCUGCGCUCCACCUACUGCCUGCUCAGUGGCCUAACGGACCGUGAUCUCUGUGAGCUCAACGAGUGCCCGCUAGAUCCUGGGGGCUACUUCAUCAUCAACGGCUCUGAGAAGGUAGAAGAAGAAAGAGAGAUUGGGGGUGGAGGGUGGGAUUUAUGUCUGGCCUUGUGUGUUUGGGUACCCUUGUUUCUUCAAUACUUUUCACGAAGCACCUGAGAAACACACGCUUUUGCUUGAAGAGGAUGUUUUUAUUGGGGUACCCUUGUUUCUUCAAUACUUUUCACGAAGCACCUGAGAAACACACGCUUUUGCUUGAAGAGGAUGUUUUAUUGAUAACAAUUGUUGUGUUUGGUGUGCAGGUCCUGAUUGCCCAAGAAAAGAUGGCGACGAACACAGUGUAUGUCUUUGCCAAGAAGGACUCAAAGUACGCGUACACAGGGGAGUGCCGCUCCUGCCUGGAGAACUCCUCGCGCCCCACCAGCUCCAUCUGGGUCAGCAUGAUGGCCAGGGGAGGACAGGUGAGAAACAAACAACCUUGAACACCAAAAUAUACCUUGUCUGAAUUUGCUGGCAACGUUGCCGUUAGGUUCUCUUUCCUCUGCUACUGCACCCAAAUGUUGACUCUCUUUGUUUCUUUUUCUCCCAGGGGGUUAAGAAAAGUGCCAUUGGUCAGAGGAUCGUGUCCACUCUGCCCUACAUCAGACAGGAGGUGCCCAUCAUCAUAGUGUUCCGAGCCUUGGGCUUUGUGUCCGACAGAGACAUCCUGGAGCACAUAAUCUACGACUUUGACGACCCUGAGAUGAUGGAGAUGGUAAAAGUUCUACAUUGUAACUGACACAUGAAACAUAUUCCUUCUCUCUCUCUCUCUCUCUCUCUCUCUCACCGCCCAACCAUCCAUCCACACCUCUGAUGUGCUGUGCUCCACCAGGUCAAGCCCUCCCUGGACGAGGCCUUUGUGAUCCAGGAGCAGAACGUGGCCCUGAACUUCAUCGGCUCUCGUGGUGCUAAGCCCGGUGUCACCAAAGAGAGGAGGAUCAAGUACGCCAAGGAGGUGCUGCAGAAGGAGGUGCUCCCCCACGUCGGAGUCAGUGACUUCUGUGAGACCAAAAAGGCCUAUUUCUUAGGGUAUGUUUUUAUUAUGUUAUAUUAAUGUAAUAAUCAUAGAGAUCCUAUAAUUCACCAGGUUUCUGUUGGAGAUUCUAUAUGUAAUUAUAUGGUUAUGACAGCAUGAUCUUACUGAUUGCAUAAAGACCAAUAUGUUGUUGUUGUUGUGCUUGAUGUAUUAGCCUAACUCGGUGUGUAUAUCUGGGUCUGUUUGUAGGUACAUGGUCCACAGACUGCUAUUGGCUGCCCUGGGCAGAAGAGAGCUGGAUGACAGGGAUCACUACGGCAACAAAAGAUUGGACCUGGCUGGGCCUCUGUUGGCUUUCCUGUUCCGUGGGUAAGGCCUGAAGGAACACCUCUAUAAAACUAUAAAUUAUCUAUAAAGCUAUAAUUCACAGAUGUUGGGCUACUUUGUGUAAACCGCACUCCUAUCCAAACUGAUCAUUUGGUGAAUAUUAAUGAAGUCAAUGGGAUACCAAGCCUGGAACUUUAAUCAAGCUCUUUUUCAUUUAUGUUGACACGUUUAGAAUGUUCAAGAACCUGCUGAAAGAGAUCCGCAUAUACGCCCAGAAGUUCAUUGACAGAGGGAAAGACUUCAACCUGGAGUUGGCCAUCAAGACGCGCAUCAUCUCCGAUGGCCUGAAGUACUCUCUGGCCACGGGGAACUGGGGUGACGUCAAGAAGGCCCAUCAGGCCAGAGCUGGAGUGUCCCAGGUAACACAGUACAGAAGACACAUUGUACACAUAUCUAUAUAUUUUAGUCUCAGUUUGCCAUUAUGCUGCUACAAGAUGAUUGUUGUCAUUCCAAACCAGAACUUUUUGUGUUCUUUAUCUCGUUAGGUGUUGAACCGCUUGACCUUUGCCUCAACCCUCUCCCAUCUUCGACGGGUGAACUCCCCCAUCGGUCGAGAUGGCAAGCUAGCCAAGCCCAGGCAGCUUCACAACACACUGUGGGGCAUGGUGUGCCCUGCCGAGACCCCCGAGGUAUGUCCAAAACCAACCCAAAUUAUAUCUGUGUUCAUAUCAAGGGCUAUUGUUGUAUCAUGCCAUAUUUUAAGGUUGAGGUUACCCUCAAAGAAUUAAGCUCGCAGUCAAGGAAGGCUAGUCAUUGAUAUGCUAUUGUCCCCUCUUACUUUGUUCCUGUCUUUGUGCCUCCCACUGUCUAUCUGGUAUCUCCAGGGUCAUGCUGUAGGCCUGGUGAAGAACCUGGCCCUCAUGGCCUACAUCUCUGUGGGCUCCCAGCCCUCUCCCAUCCUGGAGUUCUUGGAGGAGUGGAGUAUGGAGAACCUGGAGGAGAUCUCACCGGCAGCCAUCGCAGAGUGAGUCCAGCAGAUGGCAGCACACUGCUCUUUAUCAGUCCAGAAAAUAUCUAAACAUUCUCAGUCUUUCAUGUCUGAGUGACUUGUAUAGUUUGUCAACCUAUCUUAUCUGUAUUUUAGCUGAAGUUUUUCUUCAUUAAUUCAACACUAACAGUGCCACAAAGAUCUUUGUGAAUGGCUGCUGGGUGGGUAUACACAAGGACCCAGAGCAGCUGAUGAACACACUGAGGAAACUGAGAAGGCAGAUGGACAUCAUUGUGUCUGAGGUAAGGGAUAUGAUUUUUCCGGGAAUUUCAGCUUUUCUGACAUUUUCAUUAUUUAUGAUAUUAUUAUUCAUUUAAAUUAACCUACAAACACACUAUCCCUUAUCCUGAUUUUCUGUGUUGUUCUGAUCAGUGUUUACCCCUGUUUCUAGGUGUCCAUGAUCAGAGACAUCCGAGAGAGGGAGAUCCGCAUCUACACAGACGCAGGGAGGAUCUGUCGUCCUCUGCUGAUCGUAGAGAAACAGAAGCUGCUGCUGAAGAGGAGACACAUUGACCAGCUGAAGGAGAGGGAGUACAACAACUACAGUUGGCAGGACCUGGUGGCCAGCGGCGUGGUGGAGUACAUCGACACCCUGGAGGAGGAGACUGUGAUGCUGGCCAUGACCCCUGACGACCUCCAGGAGAAGGGCGUGGCCUACUGUUCUACAUACAGCCACUGUGAGAUCCACCCCUCCAUGAUCCUGGGAGUCUGUGCCUCCAUCAUCCCCUUCCCCGAUCACAACCAGGUACGGCAAAAAAUAUUAACCUCCUAUAAUAUAUUUUCUUGUUGGUGUGAUUGAUUUAGGUGCAAUGGUAUUAUCUAUGACAAGACUAUAAAACAUUCUAAAUUAAGAUUUUUGAUCAGUCUUGGUAUACAGUAUCACACGAUUUCUCAAUUAUAUGCCCCUGUUUUAACUGUUAACCGAUUAAUACAAUUUCCCCCCAUCUUUUCCCCUCUGUAGUCUCCCAGAAACACGUACCAGUCUGCUAUGGGUAAACAAGCCAUGGGUGUGUACAUCACCAACUUCCAUGUGCGGAUGGACACCCUGGCCCAUGUGCUCUACUACCCCCAGAAACCCUUAGUCACCACCCGCUCUAUGGAGUACCUGCGUUUCAGAGAGCUUCCAGCAGGUGAGAACUGGAGCGCUGCAGAAUUAGCAGCCAAUAACACCCCUUAACUCUGACCUAAAGAUUUCUGCCAUAUUCUAGUUCUGGCUCGUUGAAAUCCUCCAUUUGUGCCUCGUUUAGGUAUCAAUUCUAUUGUAGCUAUUGCGGCGUACACUGGCUACAACCAGGAGGACUCUGUCAUCAUGAACCGCUCUGCGGUGGACCGUGGAUUCUUCAGGUAUGUGUUGUGAUUUGAAGACAGAAAUUUGCUGUGAAAAUGACUUAAGACGUUGGUGUAAUUCAUGUUUUUUUAUUUCAGGUCUGUGUUCUACCGCUCCUACAAAGAACAAGAGUCAAAGAAAGGUUUUGAUCAGGAGGAAGUCUUUGAAAAACCCACACGCGAAACAUGUUCGGGUACGUACUAGGCAUCUUUGGCAUCUACAAAUAUAUAAAGAAAAUCGGAGCCUACUAUUUCCAUAAUCUCAUACAUUUUCCAUCAGCAGCUUCCCUUAAAUUGCCAUUCAUACAAAGAUAAGUGUUCAUUGAACAACCCAAUGCCUCUGCCUUCCCCCAGGUAUGAGGCACGCCAUUUACGACAAGCUGGACGACGACGGCUUGAUAGCUCCCGGUGUGCGUGUCUCCGGCGAGGACGUGAUCAUCGGCAAGACAGUGACCCUGCCGGAGACCGACGACGAGCUGGACAGCACCAACCGCCGCUACACCAAGAGGGACUGCAGCACCUUCCUCCGCACCAGCGAGACGGGCAUCGUGGACCAAGUCAUGGUCACCCUCAACCAGGAGGGCUACAAGUUCUGCAAGAUCAGGGUGCGUCCUGAGUCCUCUAGCUUCCCCCAGGAGGCAUAUUGUGUCAAGUUGACAAUGCAGUAGUAGGCUGUAAAAAUGACAAACUAACGGUAACAAAUUACCCCUGUUGACAGCUCUACUUAUUUGUGAAGUUUAGAGUAGGCAGGAAGGUCAUCUGCACUAGGUGCAGGUUUGAAUUUGUCAUGAGUUGAGUUUUACGAGCAUGAUUGCUUCCAUAGAAGCAACAAGCCCGAGAUACCAAAUCAGAGUUGUUGACAGAUUGACUAAAUAAAACAUGAGCUCCACUGGUUGGAUAUUGCACCCUCUAACCUUGGGCCAUAAGGUUAUGAAGCCUCCUUACACUUUACACUCAUCGGCCUACUUGUGGCAUGAUUUAACUCGAACUCCAUUUGUUUCUUCUUCCAGGUUCGCUCUGUUCGUAUCCCCCAGAUUGGUGACAAGUUUGCCAGUCGACACGGGCAGAAGGGUACCUGUGGUAUUCAGUACAGACAGGAGGUAACGUAUUGGACACAUGCUGCUCAUGCAUAGUCUACAGGACUACUCACUCUUAAGUAGACUACACAGUAUGACAUUGAGCCAGGCAAUGUUUAUCAUGAUGUUUAUUCAAUGGCCUAGAAACAUUGUGUUUAGACUGAACCUAAACAUAAAUAAAGCCAAAGGCCUCUUCACAGGAAAUGCUAAGUAAACCACGUCCCAGUAUAUACUAUAAAACUGAUUUAGAUAGAACAUGGAAGUCUGUAGAAUGUGCCACAUUCCAGCAAGAGGUUAUGCCUUAGAAGAACUGGUUCAGAAAAUUGGAACCCUCACACAAGUUUUUGUAAGUGAACUAUGUCCAUUGUUCCGAUACUUUCCACAGGACAUGCCCUUCACUUGCGAGGGAAUUACCCCAGACAUCAUCAUCAACCCCCACGCCAUCCCCUCUCGUAUGACAGUCGGCCAUUUGAUCGAGUGCCUGCAGGGCAAGGUACUGUCACGUGUCUAAUGACUCCUCCCCCCACUUCAUUUGUACUUUUAUUACUCCUAUGUUGAGACCUCUGAAGAAUGUGACAGUAAACUAUUAAGGUAAACCAAUAAGAUUGUCUGUCAUCUAGAUAGGGUCUAUUACAAAGGUCAGUGAGUAUUAAUGUUUGUUAAAUUAAAAGCAAGCAGAGCGUUUAAGUUUUUAGACUUUCGUCAUGGAAAUCAAGUGUAGUGUAUGGAUGGGAGUUUUCACCCUCUCCUUUCACCAUGUAGGUUUCAGCCAACAAAGGAGAGAUUGGUGACGCCACGCCUUUCAACGAUGCGGUCAACGUGCAGAAAGUCUCCAACCUGCUGUCUGAAUACGGCUAUCACCUGAGAGGCAACGAGGUCAGGACAUCAGCCCCCUUUACCAUUCACAUCUACUUUCUAUAGUAGCUAUUUCAGACUGAGCAAUUUCACACUAGUCUGUCUAUAGAGUACAAUUAACUGGCCUCAUUUUUCCCUUCUAGGUGUUGUACAACGGUUUCACCGGCCGUAAGAUUACCUCUCAGAUCUUCCUCGGGCCCACAUACUACCAACGCCUGAAGCACAUGGUGGACGACAAGAUCCACUCUCGGGCCCGAGGCCCAGUCCAGAUCCUCAACAGACAGCCCAUGGAGGGCAGAUCACGGUAAGAACACUAAGAAUUAUUUAACGUAGGACUUUAUCCCUUUAUGGCACUACGUGAGUGUACUGGGUAUGCAUUCCUGGGAUCGUAUUUGUUAAGCAACUUUAAGUGGGAGCUGAACUAGGAUCAGUUAUGUCUUUUAGAUGACAAAUGCACAGGGGGAGAGGGACCUGAUCCUAGAUCAGCACCUCUAGAUCAGAUGGUUUAUGAAUACAGGCCUUGAUCUUGCCUACUUAAAUCUAGAAUCCUUACUUGAAACAAUAACAAAGCAGUCACCCAGCAUGUGUUUUGGUAAAAAGCUGAGGGAUGGCCCUGGAGAAAUGUAACCACUCUGAAAUUCAUAGACAGAGCUAUGGAUGCAAGGACUGACAUGAUAUCCAAAUUAUAGUUUUAACCAUGUUUUGAGGCUAUAAAGUGUUUGUUUACAUUUACUUUGUUUACAAAUAAUGCCGUAAAACAAGCUAAAAUUUUAGGUUCUGAUGGGGUACGACAGUUGAACUAAGCUCAUGAGGCAUUUAUAAGUUAUAUUCUUCAAGAAUCAAUGGCUAUGUAUCAUUAAAGUCCAAAACUUGAUGUAGCAACUGCAGAUUGCCGCUUUAACUAACCAUGCUCUCAUUUUGCACCCAGUGAUGGAGGUCUUCGUUUUGGGGAGAUGGAGCGUGAUUGUCAGAUAGCUCACGGCGCGGCUCAGUUCCUGCGUGAGAGGCUGUUCGAGGCAUCUGACCCCUACCAGGUCCACGUCUGCAACCUCUGUGGCCUAAUGGCCAUCGCCAACACCCGCACACACACCUACGAGUGCAGGGGCUGUCGCAACAAAACACAGGUGCGGAACAACACCACCACCAGUGUCCCGGCCUAUUCACAUGUUGUUUAUAUCCACUAUACCUUUAUUACUGUAACCAGAAUGUCAAUUCUGAAUUCUAACUACAGUAAUCCCUCGUUUAUCGCGGGGGUUACGUUCCGAAAAUGACCCGCGAUAAGUGAAAUCCGCGAAAUAGAAAACUUUUUUUUUUUACAAUUAGCAACUAUUACAUGUAUACAAAUACAGUGACUCACGUGUAGGCCGUUUCACUGCUCUUCAGACUGGGCCGCUGCAUCCUGACUGCGCUCUGCAGUGUUCUCUUCUUCUGAAGCCCGCGGUGCAGGUGUGUUUGUUCGGGAGAAGAACAUAGUGAUAGGCAGCUGUUGUCGCUCUUUUUUCUUCUUUGCAAAAAGAUCCUUGUACACCGACAUGCCACCAUCGAUUACGUUGGAGAACUGUAAUGAACGGCUCAUCAAAGGGUCCCAUUCCUCAGCUACUCGCUUAAGUUCAGUGGCCAUUCGCACCAUGGUUGCUAAGCGACCAAGCGUUAGUCCUUCCUCCUCAUCUCUCGUGUCCUCUUCUCCCUCUUCUCUUUCAUCGUCGCUUUGUGGCUUUGUCAUUUACCUUCCCUUAGCAUGUCCAGAAGUUUAACUUUAUCUGAGAUAGGUAGCAUCUUCCGCCGUUUGGGCCCAUCCGCAGGUGCUUUUGUCGGUCCAGGCCGUUUCGUCGACAUUAUGGGUUUAGGAGAUGUUCGAAAUUACAAGAUAAUUUGGCCAACUUAAUGUAAAUUUGCCAAGCUGUUUUAUGUACGUACACAUAACUGCACGAGACGACAAAAUGAUAGCACAAUUCGUAGCAUGUUUUGAUACAAGAAGCGGGAGUGAGUUUUUAGCGAAUCAGAAUGCAGAGCACAAUGCACCAAAAAAAAAAAAAUGCAUUAUGAAAAUCCGCGAAAUAGCGAAUCCGCGAUAAGUGAACCGCGAAGUGGCGAGGGAUCACUGUAUACUGUAUAGUGAAAUGUGUCCUAUAGACUUUUUAAAGUGUUCCAACAGGACUAUACAAAAGCUUUAGCCUUAGUUUUGUUGGAGAUUUAUCGAAUAAGAUGUUUGUACAAUGUAACCGUUUCCACCCUUUCUUGUCAGAUCUCUCUGGUCAGAAUGCCGUAUGCCUGCAAGCUGCUCUUCCAGGAGCUCAUGUCCAUGAGCAUCGCCCCUCGCAUGAUGACCAGUUAGGAGCACUACCAAACCCCUGUCGAGUCAACAGGAAUUGAAUAGUGUUGUAGGAAUGUCGAGGACAUCGCUUAUCUCAGUGGGAGAAAUGGAGCAUGACGAGACAAAAACUAAACGCAACAGUCAACUUAUUUUGGCUCCCACGAUUUGUCUGGCAACAUUUUUUUUGUUGUGAUAUCGCUGUUUUGGAACGGAAGGAACAUCGUCUGUGUUGUUUUUGUCAAACUAGAAUAAAUAAAGGUUGGUUUUUAA